AUCUGCAUAUGAAUGAGGCCAGCACAAAAAUGCUGACUCCCCACUUCCUGCCCAGCCCUGGCACUGGCCCUGGGCCUGGGCCUGGCUGCCCUCUGCUCCUCCUGCUGUGCUGAGGGGAGGCCACGCCUGGCUCUGGUAUAAGAGGCAGCCUGUCCACCUCGCCUGACACUGGGGACCAGGACCCACACCGGACACUGCUGUGAGGCCUGGGAGAGCCCGCAUUCCUUUGGAGACAGGCUAAGAGAGACUGAAGCUCCGGGGCAGGGCUACGGCCUGUGUUCACAUACUGCAGCCCAGGAUGUCUGAGAUGGAGAAGGCUGUGGUGGCCCUGAUUGAUGUCUUCCAUCAGUAUUCCAGCAGGGAGGGUGACAAGCACAAGCUCAAGAAAUCUGAGCUCAAGGAGCUUAUCAAUACAGAGCUCUCCCACUUCCUGGAGAUCAAGGAACAGGAGGCUGUGGACAAGGUCAUGGACAUUUUGGACCAGGACGGAGAUGGGGAGUGUGACUUCCAGGAAUUUGUAGCCUUUGUUGCUAUGGUCACCACCGCCUGCCAUGAGUUCUUUGAGUGAAGCCUCUGGGCCUGGGGCCUGUGCAGGGUGGGCCCCAGGAGGCUGCCCGGUGCACCUGCACUGUAGCCAAUAGGAAGCUAGAUCUGCUUUGUGAA